GGCGAAUGGGGAGAGUGUGGUGGUGGCAGUGUAUAAUAUGAGCGCCCCCGCUGGCUCGAAGGCGGUACUGCAGUGUCAGAGCCAGCGCAUGGUGUGGACUCAGGACGGGCUGUCGGACCGGCAGCGUGUGGUGCACUGGGACCUGUACCCCCCGGGCCGGGACUACAAAGUGGAGCGGGUGUGUGACAUGUUCUCUGCGGGGUCCACUGAGGACAUGAGCCUGCCCCCACUGAGAGACUCGAAGACACGAGUCAGGGGCCCUGACAGUGUCUGGCCAGAGCCAUGCUGUGACAGCUGGAGGCCUGUCGACGACUGCCCUGAAACUGUGGUGCACACUGAGCCCUCUCUCUCUCUGUUUCCAGACGUGGGUCCGGGUGACAAGGGGAUCUACUCCUGCAACCUGCACCAUCAUUACUGCCACCUGUACGAGAGCACCAAGAUCCAGCUGAACCUCACCAAGUCAGCGUUGACGCUGGGUAUCGUUGACAUGGGGGUGCUCUGCCCCACCGGGGGAUUCUUGACCCCAGAAAUUGGGACGGGGGGAUCCUCAGACGGCAGCGCGGACGGGACACCUGGCGUAAGGACACACCUGCCUCGUAGUGUCGCUACGCCUGUCGUCCACCACGUGACCCUGGACCACCGCGCAGACCGGCUGGUGGACCUGUACGCCUCGGGGGAGCGCCGGGGCUACGGGCCCCUCUUCAUCCGGCAGAAGAUGAACAUUUCGGAGCUAGCUUUCUCCAGGGGAGACUUCUCGCUGUCCAUCUCCGACCUGCAGCCUCCCGAUCAGGGGCUGUACUCCUGCCACCUGCACCACCACUACUGCGGGCUGCAUGAGCGCAGGCUCUUCCAUCUCUCUGUCACCCCCCCCUGGACGUGUCGCAGAGGGGGAGGGAGAGGAGAGUGGAUGAGGGGGGGGGAGCGAGAGAGAGAAAGGAGGACCAUGGUUGAGCCUCCCCGUGUCAUCAAUGUGAUCCUCCCAGAGCACCGAGCUCACUUCCUGCAGCAGCUUGGCUACAUUCUGGCAACGCUUCUCCUUCUGGCCCUCGUCGCCACGGCGAUCGUGCUGCUCACCAGGCAACACAGGAAGAGGGGUCUGGAGUACAACAUGCACAAAUCUGAAAAGAGGCAGGUGUGCAGUAAUGAUUUUGUGAUGGACGCCACCGAGCUGAAAGCCUACAACAACGAGGAGAUCAGACUGGGUAAGAGACAGACCCCAGUGCAAAACCAGUGCAGAACCAGUGCAGAACCAGUGAAUCCCAGUGCAACCCCAGUGCAGAACCAGUGCAGAACCAGUGAAUCCCAGUGCAACCCCAGUGCAGAACCAAGCUACAAGAAGAACAACAUUCUCAAGGAGAGGGCGGAGCUAUCCAACCUCCCGCCACCCAAGGUCAUUGACCUGGACAAAGUCGACGAGAUCAGUGACUGUCCGCGAGAGACCGAGGGUCUCUUCUGGAGAUUCAGCUGA